AUGGUAGCCAUGGCAACCCCCAAGAGAAUCAAAACCUACGAAGACUUCGCUAAAGUUCAUGCAAUUCUACUCGCUGCCUCAGGCUUGCCGGAGCCACUUCACCGCCGUCUCUUCCAAAAACUCUCCACCGAGACAUUUGACGGCGGCGAACACUUCCAGAUCGAGCCUUGCGAAGAGAAUCGCCAGAGACGCCUCGUUUUAACUUCAGAUUCUAUGGCCAAAGACUCCAACGUCUUCCUCAUUGAUCACGCUUGGACUUUCAGACUCCCCGACGCUUACAAACAGUUGCGUGAAGUUCCGGGAUUAGCAGAGAGGAUGAGUUCUUUGAUGUGUGUGGAUACUGACAGAAAUUUAGAUGGUGAAACUGAGGUGGAGGGUGUUGGUGAUGAAGCUUCGAGAGAGAAGGCUGAUGUCGUGGAAGUUGUUGAAAGUGAGGUUCGAGAGGCGAAAGAGAAAGGCGAUGGUACAUUGAGAUGGUUGGAGCUUGACAGUCUUGACAUUGAUGAUGAUACGCUUCUCUCACUGGACUUGCCUGCCAGAUUUCCGGAUUUAGUUGCGCUUAGCCUAUAUGGAAACAAGCUUACAAGAGCUGACCUGAUUGUUAAAGAAGUUAUCAAAUUUAAACAUCUCAAAGGACUCUGGCUGAAUGAUAAUCCGGUUCUUAAAAAUCGUGAUGGUGAGUUUGCAGAUAUUAUUCUUAAGGAAUUACCAGAACUGGAGAUUUAUAAUUCAACUUUCACAAGCAACUUUGGGGAAUGGGCUUUGGGCUUUUGUGCAGAGAUAUAUGGAAAAGAUAGCCCAACAAAUGCUGAUCAAGCUGACAGUCCACUGCUGAGUGUAUCUAAUCUUGACCUUUCAGAUAGAAACAUUCACAAUUUGACCAACAAGGAUUUUUCACCCAUUUAUUUGCCAUCCCUUUCGUACUUGAACAUUCAUGGAAAUCCAUUGGAGCAAAACUCAGUUGCCAAUUUGUUAGGUUUGCUGAGGGGAUUCCCUUGCUUACAUUCAUUGGAGGUUGAUAUUCCUGGUCCUCUUGGAGGAAGUGCCAUUGAAAUUCUAGAAUCUCUUCCAAACAUUUCUGAACUAAAUGGUAUUAGUACAUCCAAAAUAUUGGGAACUGGAAAGCAUGUUAUUGAUUCAGUGCUUCUUCCUCGCCUCCCUGAAUGGACCCAUGACGAGCCUAUUCAUGACCGUAUUAUAAGUGCAAUGUGGCAAUAUCUAAUGACAUAUAGACUUGCUGAUGAAGAAAAGUUAGAUGAAACCUCUGUAUGGUAUGUAAUGGAUGAAUUUGGUUCUGCUUUGCGGCACAGUGAUGAGCCCAAUUUUAGAGUGGCACCCUUUCUUUUUAUGCCGGAGGGCAAUCUAGCAUCAGCCGUGAGCUAUUCUAUUCUAUGGCCGACACAGAAUGUUUGGAAAGGGAAUGAAUGCACUCGUGACUUUCUUCUUGGUAUUGGGGAAGAUAAACAACGCUCUGCCAGAUUUACUGCCUGGUUCCAUACACCAGAGAACUAUUUUAUCCAAGAGUAUGAGAAGCACAAUCAGAAAUUGCAAUCCACAAGUUUAUUACCGCCCCCUGUGCAGUCUUCUGAGAGUAAAAGUAUCCGUCCACAUGAUGGACGUCUGCUACGGGUUUACACAGAUAUACCUCACGUGGAAGAGUACUUGACUCAUCCUGAGUUUACAAUCAUAAAGGAACCAAAAGAUGCAGAUAUAAUAUGGACAUGUGUGCAGGUAGAUGAGGAAUUGAGGAAGGCCACAGGCUUAACAGAUCAGCAGUAUAUUAAUCAAUUUCCGUUUGAGGCUUGUCUUGUCAUGAAACAUCAUUUAGCAGAAACAAUUCAGAAGGCACAUGGAUCUCCUCAAUGGUUGCAGCCUACUUAUAAUCUUGAAACUCAUCUGGGUCAACUCAUUGGUGACUAUAACGCGCGCAAAAGAGAAGGACUAGACAACCUUUGGAUCUUAAAACCUUGGAACAUGGCCCGAACAAUUGAUACUACUGUAACUGAUAAUUUAUCGGCCAUAAUCCGACUCAUGGAAACUGGUCCAAAAAUAUGCCAAAAGUAUAUUGAACAGCCUGCUUUGUUCCAAGGGAAAAAGUUUGAUCUCCGUUACGUAGUACUGGUUCGGAGCAUGCACCCUUUGGAGAUAUUCCUGUCAGAUUGUUUCUGGGUAAGGAUAGCCAACAACCAAUAUUCUUUGGACAAAAGUAGUCUUUUUGAGUAUGAAACUCAUUUCACCGUUAUGAAUUAUCGUGGAAGAAUAAAUCACAAGAAUAUUAAGGAUUUUGUGAGGGAAUUUGAGGAAGAACAUAAAGUUAAGUGGUUGGAUAUACAUACAAGAGUAAGGAAUAUGAUUCGUUCAGUGUUUGAGGCAGCCGCGGUUGCACAUCCUGAGAUGCAUAGUCCAACAUCAAGGGCAAUUUACGGUGUAGAUGUCAUGUUAGACAGCUCUUUCCAACCUAAGUUACUAGAGGUAACUUACUGCCCUGAUUGUACGCGAGCUUGCAAAUAUGACAUGGAUAUCGUGGUUGGAGAAGGAGGUGUUGCCAAAGGUGUUGAUUUCUUCAACAAUGUGUUCAAGUGUCUCUUUUUGAAUGAAAUUUCUCAGGUUAGUCCAUUGUAA